AUGAACAGUGGCCCAGUCCUAGGUGAGGAUUGGUCACAUUGAAUUUUUCAAAAGCUGCAUAUAACAAAGUCAAAUCAAUUUUCAGUUAAUCCACAAUGUAUUUGUGCUGACACACAUCUAGACUUUAUCUUUCCAAUUGCAAUUACUUUUCUCAGGAUUUAGUGUUGCCCCUUACACCAUUGAUAGAUAUGCCACAGCCCUUAGAAGGGAAUAUCCAAGUCAGCUUGCUGAAAAAGUGAAGGAAGCAAUUAAUGUAAAUAAUGACAAGGAAACUUAAUUAGUAUAAUCAAAUACAUGAAACUGGGAACUGAUUGGUUGUACUAGAGGAAGUGUCAGUUUGCUGUUUACCUAAUGACCUUAUCAAAAACACAAUAAUUUGAGCUAAAACUCUUCUUUAACUUCCAUAGGGUGAGAUUUUCAUGCUACUUCUUCUUGAUGACAUCCACAACAUCCACACUGAGCAGAUGCCAGAAAGCAACCUUAAAAUGUUGGUUGCUUAUAUUUGCAUAGAUGGGAAUUUUUGAGAAUUCCUAGGAAUUCCUUGAAAACUGGGAAUUCAGUUUGUAAGGGUACUCACAUGACUUCAUCACUAUUGGAUAUUCAGGACUCCAUUCAAGCCCCAAAGUUACCAGAAAACAAGGACAUUGUUCCCCUAAUGUACUUAGUAAUAGAAGUACUACUAAAGUUUGCAUAAGUGGAAUUUCAGUAGAAAACAUCAAGAUAAUUGUCAAGAGGAUGAAGGAAUGA